GCAGAUGUCGAUAGCCGGAUCCUAUUCGGAUCUGAAAACCCCCGCCAUUCUCCCAAAUUCUGGCCGAUCGAGUCCCAAGCUCUAAAACCCUAAACCCUGAUCAAGCUUCAACCAUCCACACAUUCAUGGCUGUAGACGGCUCUACUCCCCGCAGAUCCGCGAAAUCGUUGUCUGUCGGCAUCUCAGACCAGAAUCAUCCGAUAGUGUGGAGGGAGUUCUUAUGGGGCGCGAUCGCCGGCGCUUUCGGCGAGGGGAUGAUACAUCCUGUCGAUACUGUUAAAACGCGCAUCCAAAGCCAAGCUAUUUUCAGUGGAUGCAAAAAUCAGAAGAACGUGUUGCAGUUGGUUCGAGCUGUUUGGGCUACGGAUGGUUUGGGUGGCUUUUACAGAGGAAUAACGCCAGGAAUUGUGGGGUCUCUUUCUACUGGAGCCACAUAUUUUGGGGUGAUAGAAUCGACAAAGAAAUGGUUGGAAGAGUCGCAUCCCAACCUGGGUGGUCACUGGGCACAUUUCAUUUCUGGAGCGAUAGGAGAUACACUCGGUUCCUUCAUAUAUGUUCCUUGUGAAGUGAUGAAGCAACGAAUGCAGGUUCAGGGCUCUAAGAAGUACUGGGCAUCUAUUGUGGCCAAAGAUGGUUUAGGUGCAGGGCAUGGUGUGAACAUGUAUGGAUAUUAUUCGGGAAUGCUUCAGGCUGGAUGUUCAAUAUGGAAGGAACAAGGGCUUAAGGGACUAUAUGCAGGAUACUGGUCUACACUUGCAAGGGAUGUGCCAUUUGCUGGCCUUAUGGUCACUUUCUAUGAAGCUUUUAAGAAGACGACGGAAUAUGGCAAACAAAAGUUAUUUCCCAGUUCAGAUUUUCAUGUAAAUAGUUCAGUUGAGGGGCUUUUAUUAGGAGGAUUAGCCGGUGGUUUGAGUGCUUAUCUCACCACUCCUUUGGAUGUUGUCAAAACCAGAUUGCAAGUACAAGGGACAGCCACUAGGUACAAUGGAUGGAUCGAUGCUCUUUCUAAGAUAUGGUUGGGGGAAGGCAUUCCGGGGAUGUUUAAAGGGGCCGUCCCCAGAAUUAUGUGGUAUGUUCCAGCUUCAGCGCUCACUUUCAUGGCUGUAGAAUUUCUGAGAGAACAUGAUAGAGCGACUCGCAUAUCAUUAGACAAAAAGGAGUCUUCUUUGCAGAAGAUUUCCUGAUAAAUCACAUGCAUUGCCGUUGCGCGAGCAUGUAGUAACAUAGAGAAGAUCAGAGAUCCUUUGUACUAAGUAAGGCCUAUUGUUCAUUUCAGAGAAGCUCUACACAUACUUAGGUACGUCGUUUGUUAAUGUUAAGUAUGCUGACUUACGAAUUUUGAUGAGAAGAUAUAUGAUUAAUCUCUUGAAAGAAUUUGUUGCUGAUGUAUAGGAAAGUGAAGAUCAGUUCUAAUCCAUUUUAUUUGAAUUAUAUAACUGUCAAGGCUGUUGUAUCAUUGAAGCAUUUUCGAACGACCCAUUUGUAGUUUCUUGAGUUUAGUUUGGUUCAUAUUAUCAGGAUUGAAGUUGCUGUAGGAUUGUAAGGCUAGAAAUUAUAUGAGAGGAUCGAACGCUCAAAUAGAAGUACUAGAAUGCGUAGGCUCUGUAUAUAUAUG